AUGUUCUUCAAUUGCAAGAAGAAUAAAUCUGGGUUGCGAGCAAUUAUUUCGAGAGUAAUUCUUCAAUUUCGACGAGAUACUGAGAAUUACAGAGCACCGGCUGUUACUUGCAAUGAUCUACUUUUUUCUCGUCAUGGUGCUUUAUCAAAAUUGUAUUCUUAUGCUUUAAUUCAAAUUAUCAAAUAG